AUAUAAAAAUCUCGGAAGUCACAGAACUCCCCGUCGGUGCGUGACAGGUCGACUCCUAAUCCCUCUGAUUCACGGUUGUUCGGCGACUUCAACAUCCUUGCCGAUCUCUGACACGAUACGAUCCCUUAAGGUUUAAUCAAAGUUUCUAUAGAUAUUUAUCGUUGGUAUUGGGGUGAGAUAAGGAAGCAGGUCAAUGGCGUCUUCGUCGGAUUCAUGGAUGAGAGAAUACAACGAGGCUUUAAAGCUCUCGGAGGAUAUAAAUGGAAUGAUAUCAGAGAGGAGUAAAUCGGCCGUAACAGGUCCUGAUGCCCAACGUCGUGCUUCAGCUAUACGAAGAAAGAUCACCAUUUUCAGUACCCGAUUAGAGUCUCUGCAAUCUCUUCUUGCCAAACUUCAUGGGAAACCUAUCUCAGAGAAAGAGAUGAAUCGGCGCAAGGAUAUGAUUGGGAAUUUGAGAUCGCAAGCAAAUCAGAUGGCGAAUGCUUUGAACAUGUCAAACUUGGCCAAUAGAGACAGCUUGCUUGGUUCUGAAAUAAAGCCAGAUGACACCAUGAGGCAAGUUAGCGGCAUGGAUAACCAAGGAAUUGUUGGAUUUCAACGGCAAGUUAUGAGAGAACAAGAUGAAGGACUUGAGAAGUUGGAGGAAACAGUCAUGAGUACGAAACACAUUGCUCUGGCUGUCAAUGAGGAGCUUGGCUUGCAGACAAGGCUUAUCGAUGACUUAGACUACCAUGUGGAUAUUACUGACUCUCGUUUACGGAGAGUACAAAAGAACCUUGCUGUCAUGAACAAGAACAUGAGAAGUGGUUGUUCGUGCAUGUCAAUGCUCUUGUCAGUGUUUGGGAUCGUUGGCCUCGCUGUUGUUAUUUAUCUGCUGGUUAAGUAUUUGUAAUACUAACAAUAGAGAACUUAUAAGCUCCUCUCUUGCCUUUCUAUGUGAAUGGUCUACUGAUUCCACGUUUGUGCUUGUGCUUUUCAUUCUUCUUCCGUUGUUAGAAUCCUUUAAUAAAUAUAUAUUAUGUGUGCAGUUUUCACAAUUUUGCUGUCAGAUUUAAGAACUAGUAAAACGUAGAGAUAUAAACGUAUUUGUAAGAGGUCUUCCACGAAGAAACUCGUCCGAAUUCGCU